UAAGCAGGCCAAACAAAUCUAUUUUAUGGCACUGCUGAUUUCCCAGAUGCUGUUGGAGCCAGUUAUGGCACAGAUGAGCUCAGGCACUGGUGGAACAUACAGGCAAACGGUGAGGUGCCAAAAGAAAUCAGACAUACGACAGAGGUCUGAGUUUAACAGAACUAACUGUGCAGCUUUGCCUACUGAUAUGAUGCCAAGUAUUCAUGGCUAAAGAAAAUUGCUGUGCUGCAAAUCCAUGAAUCUCUAUGAAUAGGACUGAGAAACCGAUACAUUUAUUGAACUAAAUUAAAAUACCCUGGUGUGAACCCAUAACCUCUGAAUUAUUAGCACUGACCUCUGCAUCUCAGGUCCUGGAACAUUGAAAGCUGCUUAAAACAAUUGAAAUGACUGGAUUUCAAACAGAAAAGUCUCGGACCUGUAUAAAGUAUCUCAUGUUCCUGUCCAAUACUUUAAUUUUUGCAGGGGGGAUAUGUCUGCUGGGAGUUGGCAUCUGGGUUACAACAAAUGCCAAUGGCUUCAAGAACAUUGUGACUUCAAAUCCGUUGAUCUAUACUGGGGCUUACAUCAUCCUGUCAGUUGGGGUAAUUCUCUUCUUCCUAGGGUGCUUAGGUUGCUGGGGAGCCAUCCGAGAGAGCAAACAACUGCUUAUGACUUUUUUGCUAUUGAUUCUGAUCAUUUUCAUCCUGGAGUUAGUUGCAGCUGUCCUUGCACUAGUCUUCAGAAAACAGAUACGAAAGGAUUAUUUCUUAAAGGAAUUGCAGAUGAAGUACAAAGGAGACAAUUCUACAGAUGCAUUUUCAAAAACCUGGAACGCCAUUAUGAUGGAUUUUUCAUGCUGUGGUGUAAAUGGGCCUCAAGAUUUUGGACAGAAUUCCACUUUUCAUGAACUCUUCCCCAAUAUGCUGUUACCUGAAGCAUGUUGUAAGAAGAACAAAACAGCCCUUGUCUUCCUGGACAAGAACAGAUGUUUUCACGGAGGUGCUGGCUACAUAAACAGUAAGGGAUGUUUCUCAAUGAUUGCAGAGAAUUUUCGGAAUUAUGUCCAUCUGGUUGGAGCAUUUAGUAUAAUAGUGCUUUUAAUUGAGCUUGUUGCUAUGGCUUUUACUACCUUUGUGUACCAGACCUAUAACUAAUAAUGGCAAUUGUCAGGCAGAAGACACAUACAAAUCACUUUUGAACGAAGGGAGAGGAGAAAGCAGACAACAAGAAACACAUACAGGACAAUGACUGUGGUGGAUGUGCAGAGCCAGCUAUGAUUUAGCAAAAAUUCAUUUAAAUGACAAUGUGAAAUUGGGUUUGAAAAGGAAUGAAGCAAACUUUAAUAAUGAAAAAGGACAUUCCAGCCAUUUUUAUAUUGUCCGCUCAAUUAUUAUAAUUGUAAUUAUUGUAAUUAUAAUCUCUGUUUUGUCCUGUUAAGAAUGUGCUACUUAACUUUUUAACAGUGUUGCUGCCCAUUUUUAAAGGCGGUGUAGUGAGGUACAAAUGUAAUGUUGAGCUAAUUAUAUUACAGUGUAAUAAAUAAGUAUUGUGAUAUGAA